AUGGAAAUAAAGAAAACUUUAACGCACAGCUUUCAGAGUGGAUUUCAACAAAGAACAACGGGGAUUCUAAUGAUUCUUACAUGUUCUCAGGCUGCCUGGUUAUGUUCCUGUGUUGUGGACUCGGUGGAAGUGUUGGAUUGUUUAAAUUGUAACCGCUAGAGGGAUACAUAUACGCCUUUCAAACUCCGUAAACACCAUCCUAUCACUGUGUGCCAUAGAGAGAAUUACCGUCAGUGAGAGUUGCCUACCUGUGUGACUUCCCACUUUGAGAGAGAGAAAAAAAAACACACGCACACACAGACACGCACACACAGACACACACACACAGACACACAUACAGACACACACAGCCCCGGAACAUUUGAAACAUGAGUUGUUCUUAAAAAGACUUAGAGAGAAACUGCCUCUAAAGCGGACGACGAGCUCCGACUCCUCGAAGUGUAUCUGCUUCAGGCAAUCAAUGAGGACCGCGAUGCUUACUUCUGCAGCUCUCUGUCCCUCUUUCUCUCAUUCGCCUCACCAGAUAUUAUAGUGCAUUUCAACUUUUGUGCAGGCACACAGGCAAAAAAAAAGGGAAGUUUGGAUUCCAAUUUUUUUGAUCACAAAUUCACCUCUUGUUUCCUGUAAUAAAUAUGAGAGGUCGGUUUGUUGUCACUUUUCUUUGGAAUUUAACAUGUGCCAUUUCUUAUGCUGUUUUACGGGUAGGAUAAGGAAAACAACAAAAAGGUGUGACAAGAGCUUGGCGGACAACUGUGGAUUUCUGCGAGUAACUCCUACCGUCCAAAGGGGAUGAGGGGGGCAUCGGCCGGACCCCCCUCUUGAUUGAUUACUUAUUAGUCAUCCCUUUGGCUAAAUGGGACCCAUUGAAAAGGCACCGUGGAACACAUACAUGAAUCAAAUAUUCCUGUGUCCCCUGAAUGUCUCCAGAGUAGUUUUGCUUAAGAGAGGGGGUCGUGGCUUAGCAUUAUAAAGAGGGAAAAACAGCAUAGCUUUAUGGGUUUAUUUAGACAGUUUCUACGGUUUGACAUUCUACCGCUGUAAAAAAAAAAAAAAAAAAAAAAAAGAGAGAAGGAAAAACUCGAGAAGAUUCCAAAGAGGAGAACAUUGUGGACAUACAUUUUUUUUUUCUAGUUAUUCCGUUGUUUCUUUUAUUAUUUUUUUCUCUUAUUUUAAAUAUUUUUUUGCCAUUUCCUCUCCCGAAAAAUGAAACUUUGGACAUCUCCCUGGGUGUCUUGCCUGGUGAUUCUCAUCUUGUGUUUUGGAUCAGAGUGCGGGACAGUCCGGAGAAAGGGGAGAUCCAAGAGGGAGUUGGUGCGCAUUAGGGAGGCGAAAGCCACCAUCCCAGGGGCUUGUGCCACACGUCUGCCCCGGGGCAAACGGUCUUUGCCCGGCUUGGAGCGACGGGUGCUUCGCCAGCGUCGGCGCUCCUCACAGGCGGAGGAAAACUCUCCAGACCGCGGGAAAGCUGUCUAUUUUACCGGCAGAGGAGAUCAGCUCCGGCUGAAGCCCGGCGUGGAGAUACCCAGAGGAAAUUUCACUCUGGAGAUGUGGAUCAAACCGGAGGGAGGUCAACGAUCACCCACAGUAAUUGCAGGCCUAUACGACAAGUGUUUCUACGCAUCCAGUGACCGAGGCUGGCUGCUUGGAAUCCAGGCGGUUAGUGAACAUGGAAAUCGUGACCCCCGCUUCUUCUUCUCUCUUAAAACAGACCGCGCCCACAAAGUGACCUCCAUCCACUCCAACACUCGCUAUGUACCCAACCAAUGGGCACAUGUGGCAGUCACAUACGAUGGUGUGUAUAUGAAGCUCUUUGUCAAUGGCGCCCAAGUGGGCGUCAGUCGGGAGCAAUCAGGCGAUGUCUUCAGCCAUUUGACCAAAAAGUGCAAAGUGCUGAUGAUAGGGGGGAAUGCACUGAAUCAUAACUACAGGGGGGCAGUGGAAAGGGUGGGUCUAUGGAGGCAGGCCCGAGGGCAGAGGCAGAUUAUCAGGGAUAUGCAGGGCCAAGAGGACCCCCAAGAUCUACCUCAGCUGGUCAUUCGUGAAACAUUCGAGCACCCAGGCCGGAAGUGGCUGACUGUAAAAGAUGGUAGCUUUCCUCAGCCUGAGCAGGGAGGACGAUUAGGGUUUCCAGGUGGUGGUGGAAUUGGAAAUUCUGAGGGAUUACUGGACACAACGCUAGAGCCUCCGACUUGUGGUCAAACUGUCUGCGACAAUGUUGAGGUCAUCAAAAACUACAACCAGCUUUGGAACUUCCGUCGGCCUAAGAAAGUACGAUAUCGUGUCAUAAAUAUUUGGGACGAUGCACGGAUGAGGCCAACUGUAUCAGACCACCAGAUCAGCCUGCAGCACCAGCAUCUAAAUGAUGCCUUUAGCCCCUACAACAUCACCUGGGAGCUUAGCAUUCACAAUGUGACCAAUUCCUCCCUUCGAAACCGGUUGAUUCUUGCUAACUGUGAUAUUAGCAAAAUUGGAGAUGAUGCAUGUGACCCAGAAUGCAACCAUCCACUGACAGGGUUUGAUGCAGGUGACUGCAUGUCUAGUCAUCGGAGCCGUUGCCCUGAGCACAAGCAGGGGAAUGGUAUAUGUGACCCUGAAUGUAACUGGGACAACUUCUUCUAUGAUCUUGGCGACUGCUGUAACCCCAAUGUGACGGAUGUGACCAAGACAUGCUUCAACCGCUCUUCUCCACACAAAGCCUAUUUGGAUGUGAAAGAGCUGAAAGAGAUUCUGCAUUUGGAUGGCUCAACUCACCUGAAUGUCUUCUUUGCCAAUUCUUCUGAUGAAGAUCUGGCAGGGGUUGCCACUUGGCCCUGGGACAAAGAGGCCCUCACACAUUUGGGUGGAAUUGUACUGAACCCUUCCUUCUAUGGUACAUUUGGUCACACUGACACAAUGGUCCAUGAGAUCGGUCACAGUCUUGGGCUUUACCAUGUGUUUCGAGGUAUAUCAGAGAUCGAGUCGUGCAAUGAUGCAUGUUUGGAGACUGAGCCCUCAAUGGACACUGGAGAUCUGUGUGAGGACACCAACCCCACUCCCAAAUACAAAGGCUGCCACGAUCCUGAGCCGGGCAAUGAAACCUGUGGCUGUCGGCAUUUCACACACACACCGUUUAACAACUACAUGAGUUAUGCAGAUGAUGCCUGCACAGACUCUUUCACACUGAACCAGGUGGCUAGGAUGCACUGCUACCUGGACCUCAUCUAUCAGACCUGGCAACCUGCCUCCAAACCUCCUCCAGUGCCCAUGGCACCCCAAGUGGUUGAGCAGCAUCAUAAUUCCAUCACCUUAGAAUGGUUUCCACCGAUUUCUGGACACUUCUACAAUAGAGAAGUGGGAUCAGUGUGUGAUAAAUGCACUGAGGGGAGAGUUUUACUGCAGUAUGCCUCCAAUUCCUCGUCUCCACGGCCGUGUGCACCUUCUGGACACUGGUCCCCACGAGAGGCUGAAGGCCCUCCUGAUGUGGAGCAGGCUUGUGAGCCAAGUGUGCGCACCUGGAGCCCCAAUGCAGGGAUCGAGCAAGGUGUUGUCGGUCUGUCGGAGUGCCCUCUUCAGGGUUGCAUGCUUCAGCUAGAGUUCCACUACCCACUCGUACCAGACUCCCUGACUGUGUGGGUCACCUUCUUCAGCCCUGAGGAAACAGCACUGCCAGCAAUCCACAACAUCUUGCUACUGACUGUCAGUGGGAAUAACAUUUCAUUGGGCCCCAGUAAUGUCUUCUGUGACACCCCACUGACUCUGAAGCUGGACAUAGAGGAGGAGGUGUAUGGGGUACAGUUUUUCACUAUGGAACAACACCUAGAGAUUGAUGCCACCCUCUUGGCAUCCAAGGCAGACUGCACACAUUGUAGGCAUUGCCAACCACUACGUUACCGACUGUUGCGCCAACCACCCUUUACCCAUGCACCACAUGGUCUGAUGUUGAAUGAACCUGCCCGCCGAUAUACAGACAGGGAUGUGAUGCCACAUGUUGUGUACACCUACCAGGUCCAAACUAUCUCUGGCCGGAGCGAGAGUGAACCCUCCCCACCUCUGGUGCAUGAAUUGGGGGAACACUACUGUGGUGAUGGACGCAUCCAGAGUUCCAAAGGAGAAGAAUGUGAUGAUAAGAACUCUAUGAAUGGGGACGGCUGCUCCAGUCAGUGCAAGAAAGAGCCCUUCUUCAAUUGUAUUGAGGAGCCAAGCAUGUGUUACUACUAUGAUGGUGAUGGGGUGUGUGAGGACUUUGAGCGAGAGACGGGCGUGAGAGAUUGUGGCCUCUACACCCCCAAUGGUUUCCUCGACCAGUGGGCCUCCACUGUCGAAGUUUCCCAUGAGAAGAAACCCUACUGCUCUGGUGAGGUGGCCGCUGGAUACCCUGCUGUUACUAAGACAUGUCAGUCCAAGGUGUUUGAUCUAUCAGAUGGAGUAUCCCAGUAUGCAUGGUUCCCAUGUCGUGAGGCCCAUGUGGCAGCUUGGGGAUAUCCUAACUAUUUUCUCAAGGCCCACUUCUCUCAUCCAAUGGUGGCAGCAGCAGUGAUUAUACAUCUUGCUGCUGAUGGGACUACCUACAUUGACCAGACUCAGUGUAACAUCACUGUUCAGCUGGUGGACACCAAGGAGGGCAUCCAUAGUCUAGGUGAGUGGCGUCUCAGCUGUCGCACCAACCCUUUGGUGAUCCCAGUGAGCCACGACCUGUCAGUGGCGUUUUACCACACAAAGGCUAUCCUGGUCAUGUUUGCCUCGCGCCUUGUGGCCAUCUCUGGCGUAGGCCUGCGCUCCUUCCAGUCCUUCGACCCCAUCACGAUAAGUGGUUGCCAGAGCAAUGAGAUCUACAACCCCACAGGCCAGAGUUGUGUACACUAUUCGUGCGAAGCCAUUGACUGCCAGGAACCCUUAAUCCGCAAUGCAGAGCUCAAGUGCAGUAGCCCUGGCCGCCACUUCUACAAUGGAGACCGCUGCACCAUCUCCUGCAACUCUGGAUACGUCCUGCAAAUCCACCAGGAUGACGACAUCAUCAAGAGCCAGUCGGACUCUUCAGUGACUAUAACCUGUGCAAAUGGGAAGUGGAAUAAACAGGUGUCCUGUGAGCCUGUGGACUGUGGUCUACCAGACAAAUAUCAUGUUCAUCCUGCCCAUUUCAAAUUCCCUGAAGGCACUACCUACGGCAAGAAGAGCACCUUUCAGUGUCGAGAACCUGCCCAGCUCGUAGGUACAAACAACACUCUUACCUGCCUAGAAGACGGCCUGUGGUCCUUCCCAGAGGCUCUUUGUGAGCUACGCUCCAGCCCCCCUCCUGUACCCAAUGCUGUGCUGCAGACCAAGCGCUGCAAUGAGACAGGCCUCAAAGUGGGCACACUCUGCAAGUACAAGUGCAAGCCAGGCUACCAUGUCACCAACAAACCUAAGAGGCGCGCGUUUAAGCGCCAAUGCACGGAGGAUGGCAGCUGGCUAGAGGGGGCAUGUGAGCCAGUGACUUGUGAUCCCCCACCUCCCAUCUUCCACGGCUCCUAUCACUGUACCGACGGCUUCCGCUUUGACAGCGUCUGCAGACUCAACUGCUCUGAUCCUGCCGGUAAUACUGCUAUCGCCACCGCAGGAGGCUCUGCCCAUACGGUGAGGCUGCUGCACGCUCCAUGCAAGCAGGGCGCAGCAUCCAAUGUGAUUCGCUGUAGGAAGGAUGGAAACUGGACAGGGUCGUUCCGCCUAUGCCCACACAGCAAAGGCCAGUGUUCUUUACCUCAAAACCUCCAUUAUAGCCUACAGUACUCAUGCAAGCGAGGACACGGCAUAGGUGAGGAGUGCGAGCUGACGUGCAGAGAGAGUAACAACGAUGUUGUGAUCCUCCCUAGCAACAUGACAGUAGACAAUGUACUUAAAGAGCACUGGAGGAACCCGCACAAAGUCAAGAGUAUAGUCUGUACAAUGGGGCUGAAAUGGUAUCCACACCCAGAAUUGCUCCACUGCAUCAAAGGAUGUGAGCCAUUCAUGGGAGACAACUACUGUGAUGCGGUCAACAACAGAGCCUUCUGUAACUACGACGGAGGAGACUGCUGCCAAUCCACUGUCAAGACCAAGAAGGUGAUUCCAUUCCCCAUGUCCUGUGACAUACGGGAUGAGUGCUCCUGUCGGGAUCCCAACGCUAUAGAGAACAGAAAGGAUGAACACGUCCACUCCCUGGGGUGACCAACCUGAGCAGGGACCUCUGUUCAACGUCCCAGGAUCCUUGCUCCAACACAACACAGCCAGAGUGGCCGAGGCAGACCCCCUCCUUCAUCCUCCUCUCGGCCUCCAAUUUCCUGCACAUGCUGCUUAACGGGCAUACCUCUCCAUCCAUACUGCAACCCCAACCAGCUGAAAUGCCUCCGCCUCCACAUCACAGAAAGUUCUAGAAUAGAGGCUGGGACUCAUGAGACUCCACAGAAAACUUCAUUUGUCAGCUAAAAGGAAAGUAACCCUGCAAUAUCAUCCUUAAAAAAAACAUAUAUAGCAAGGAGAAAAAAAAUAAAUUACAUGAAACUGAUUUUUUUUUUUUUUUUUUGAAAGAAUAAGAAAACAAACAAACAAACAAAAAAACCUAAACAAAAACAUAACCAAGCCUAGGUAGCAUGCCUUUUGUUCAGUUUUGUGCUGGCUUCAGUGUCUAUUUUAGUGACCUUGCUCUACAGUCACAUGAUUGAACCAAAGGUAAAUCAAAAUGUGCAAGUGGAGGAUUGUGUUGAUGUUGGCUCUGUGUUUUGCAAAUAUGAAGGAAAUCAAGACAAAUGUUAAAAAUAAUCCUCAGACACUUUGAAGGCAUGUUAAACACCAUUUUGAAGGGGCUAGAAGUUUGUGCUUAUAUCAUUCCUGGUUUCAAACUGGUCAGACAUUCUGUAUCUCUAUGUCCUUUUCAGUAAAGUAUGUUUCUUCAUAGGCACAUCAGAGGGUAUACAGGUUAUUCCUAGCUUGGUGGGGAAUGAGACAGCCAUAUUGUUAAGUUUCAAGCCACACAUUCAACACAAAAGCCAAAAUAAAAUGCACAAACACACACAAACAAUGUCGACUAAUUGUUGACCAACCACAGACACAAUUUCCUAAGACAAUUUUAUACUUAGAGCAAAAUCCUGAAUGCAUAAUUUAAACAUUUUUAGCAUGGCUUCUGCUACUGUGUUUGCUGCUACUUGCCAUCUUCACGUCAUGAUAUCUAAUAGGGUUAGACAGCUUUGUCUGCCUUGCUGCUUACAGUACCUCUUUAUAGCAUUCAUUCACGCUUGCAUGUUGGUCCAUAAUACUUUUAGAGAACAAAUGUUGACAGCACCACGUAUGAAAUGCACUAAGAACUUUAAAAAAAAACCCAGAACCUCACUUGUCAUUCCCGUUUAACCUGCCCAAGAAAAAUACUACAUACAUUGAUCACGACUUAAAGAAUGUCAUCAAUAACACCUCACUUCGGGUUGGGUUGAUUUUAGUUUCAGUAAGAACUCCUCCCUCAUGGCGCUUGAUAAGAACUUUGUUACCUCAAGCACUGAUUCAAAAUGUUUAAACUGAAAGUAAAAUUAUCCCGGCCCUGUUCAGAAUGUAGUCAAUGCUUGUCAGGAGUCUGUGGCUUUUUUGAUCGCACAGUUCUGCAUAGCACAGUCACACAAGAGUACAGGAUGGAUAAAGGCCAUGGCUCUUAGUGAAAUGAGUGUAGAUGGAAGGAGACCACAUCUGACACACACACACACACGCACACACAGAAACACACACACACACACACACACACACACACACACACACACACACACACACGAAAGAACGAAUGCAUACACACAUAUCUCUCAUUCUCUCCCCUCCUGGUAGUAUUGGACUCUCAGCUGUAGCUCUGCAGGCAACAACGUUGUACAUGAAAAUGACAUUUGGAUGUAUAUGUCAACACAGCAUUUGCAGUCACAAUAUGAUCAAAGGUCCCUAAGAUUCUCUACUGGGUCUUGUGUUUAAGUGAUUAAUUUAAUUUUAAUUAAUUUAAUUUGUCUCUGCAGUAAAAAGUGCACUUGGUUGCUCUGAUCAGCACUUUUCAGUAUUGUGAACUUGGGUGUCCGUCCCCACCAAUUAACUUCUGUAGAUUAUAUGGCUGCUACAGUAGCUUUGUAUUUUGUUACUCUUCAUUCAAGACACACAUACACUAGUUUUUUCUCAUGCACAUUUGAUAAAGAAGGCUACUUGGCAUAUUGGUCCAAACUUUGCUGCUCUUAUUUGGCUGCAACCAUAGUCAUGGUUACAAUCAGCAUGAUUAUGCCUUUUCAUUUCAUUUGGGCCAAUGGCACAGUCCCUCUGACUCAUAUUAGGCUGCUAUAGCAUUCCAGAUCAUUCUCAUAAAUCAUUGUACACAACACACUGUACAAGUGGCAAUGUAAGACCAAUUUCAUGUCAUUUUCAAACCAAUGUUAGUGAAGAACUAAGACAAUACCACAACAUGCAGAGAAAGUGAGAAGGUAUUAUUUUCCACCAAAUACGAAGAAAAACCUAAAAAAAAAUCAUGUAAAUAUUACUAUAUGUUCUUUAUGGACAGGAGUGUUGAAAAAUGUUUUUAGGUUUUUUGUUUUCAUGUACUUCAUUUUUACAAAAUGUCAUAUUUAAUCAGUGUUUGUAUUAUUGACCUCAGUUACUGCACUUUUAGUUUCCAUGUAAGAAGAUAAAGUAUAUCUUUCAAAAAUGUUUAGAAGCUGCUAUUGUCAGAAUGGUGAUCUGAAACAAACUGUAUGAUAUUAGGUCGUUUGACUCCCUGUGUUGCUAUUAGCUUUCCUGCCAUUUGUUUUAUUUGUAUCUGGCCAUACUCCUCUGGAACCUAUACUGACUUUGCAUUCGAUGUUAUCAAUGAUGUAGGGAGGUAUUGUCACUAUGAACCAUAUAUCCAUCAUCCAUACAGCCCCCCCCAAACCAAAAAAAGGGUACACAUCAAUACAUUAGAAAUGGUAACAUAUUGAAGGUCUAACUAGACUGCACAUUUGUUUGUCUUUUGUUUUGCCCUGAUGUGUGUGUAAUAUAUCAUCUUAGUUUAAGGUGUACAUUUUGGCAGACAAGAGAUGUCAAAGGGGAAGGAAAAGCGUAAAUGAAGGAAAAAAAAGGGACUCUUGAAAGACUUUGUAACUUUUAUGAAAUAUGAAACUUUGUAAGGACAUUGUAAAGUCUACAUCAUCUUCAAAGAUUGCAUUUAACACUUUAUAUGAAAAAAAAAUAUAGCCCUGGUAAAAAAAAAAAACUUGUAUUAUGUUGAUAUUAUCAAAUUAUACGUAAUAUUAGUACUCCAGAUACUGCUGCUUUACAUAGAACAGUUACCAGUGGGGAGAGACUGAUCUGCAAUCACUACACUAUGCCAAUGACAUGCAGUACAGUGGUUCAUCAUCUGCCAUUGAGGUCACUGGAAAGCCAUUCUAGCCGUUUGAAUGGAUGAAUCCUUCCCUUCAUUCUAUAAAAGAGUUAACAUAACCUGUUGUUGCUUCCACAUACUAACUUAGAACUAUCAGCCUCAACAAUUACUUGUAUCAUGAGUCAAUGUCUGGAUACCAAAACAAACUAUCAGAACGGCUACAGAAUGUGACAUCAUGUCAACUUGAAAAAUUAUAUUCUUAAUAUUGGAGAAGGUACCCAUAAGCCAUAGCUAACAAAGAUAUUCAUGGAAGGAAGUAUAAGAUUACGCAUUGGAUGAGGACAUCACCUCUCUACUGUAGUCAUCACAGGAUCCCUUGCUGUACCUCAUGCCUGUAAUGUUUGCUGCUUCUAUAUUUUUGGUAUUUUAGUGACAUUUUUGCGUCUCAUAACAAUGGUGUAAAUAGUAGAACUAUUUAUUGAGAGUGUUAUACUUUUUUAAGUUAUAUUUAAUGUCCAUGUAAGUUAUUUUUUACAUUGUUCUUAUAACAAAAACAUUAUUGGUUGUGAGUCAAAACUGUCAUUUUGUCUUCACACUCUGUUGUGAUCAGUGCUGUCAAGCAUUGAUCAGACAUACAGUACACUUCAGGCCCACAACCACACAAGAACUUGUCUCAUUGGUCAUUAAGUGUAGAUGGACACUGCUUGCAUCCAAUGAGGAUUCACCACAUGUUCAAAUGUUACUGAGUGCAGUGGAACUUUUUGUUUUCCUUUAAAACCAGAAUGUAAAGUUUAUUUUUUUUUCUUUAUUUGCUUAUUAUUUUUUUAAAUGCACACAUUAGCCAUACGUAGAAGAAGGUGUGAAAGAGAACCAAGUAUAUAAUGGUCAAGUACAUAAAUCCAUAUAGCAAAUAAUGUUUUGAGAGACCAGCGUAAGGCACAAGGAAUAUAUGUACACAGCCAGCUGAGGGCAGGAGAAAAUGGACAAGUGGCAAAGAGAGGGAUCUGAAAUUAAUGAAAAGAAGGACUGGAGGUCAGAAGGCAGCCGAUGGUGCCCCAGAUAGAGUGUUCUUGGAUCGGGGGAAAAGUAGAAGGUGGGCAGGGAGAGAGGUAGGGAUGGGUGGGCUGCUUUUUCUGGCCUGUCUUGCUAUUUGUCCAGGUGUGAAAAUGUGUACUCACAGAGGCUGCCCCUGGGCCAGGGGUGGCCAGCGCUGACUGGCAACAAGCCGAGGCCAAUGAGUCAGAGUUUCUCCCGGGGGUGGCAGCCAUCCCUCUCUGGGACUCCCACCACCCCCUCCCUCACCCCUCCUACCUCCACCUCCCCACUCCUCGACACACUGCCUCAUCUGUCACUGUCAGGUAUGCCUGCACAGGGCUGCCAGGGUCAAGCUGGCCCUGUGAAAAUGCGAGAGGAUGUUUGCCCAGCUUACAGAGCCUUUUGAAGUUAGGCUGAAGGAACACAGUUCUCCUCACCUAGCGCCUAUGCUUAUCACAUAAUAUGAUUUGUGUAGCAGUCUUUUUUUGACAAGCUUUGAUACCUCUCCACAUUUUCCACCAACAGUCGCUCCUUUGUUUCUAAUUUAACACCUGGUUGUUGUAUUGCUCGUCUAAAAAUGGCAGAAACUUUGUAGUGUCUAACUCAUUACAAAGCGAUGGGGAGAAUAAGAAAGAGUCUCUGAAGCCCUAAUAUUUUUGCUCAGAUCAUUGUGGAGAAAAAUACUGAUGUGCCAUCUUGUUGUAAGACUUUUCUUUGUGUAUUGUAACACAUAAAGUACCUCUCACAGGCCUCUGGUUAUUGAAUGGUCCACUUAUGUCUAUUUCCUAAUCCCUCAAUAAAUAAAAAAAGGUGAAUUGUCCUUUUUUUCUAAGUGGGAAGUACAAAAAAAGUGUAUUUACAUAUUAUAUGGAUAUCUAGUGGUAUUACUGCGAUGUUUCGUACCCGAUUGCUCAACAAAUAUAUUUUAAGAUGUAAAUAAUAAUAUUAUAUGAUGAUUGUAUUUGCAAACCAUGUACUAACUGUUUGGGAGUAGCUCUUGGAUUGAUUUUUAUCAUAACUAUUAUACAAAGAGAUGAACCGUGAAUAUGUUGUGCAUUGUGUCAAAGUAUCACCUGCAAGACAGAAGAAAGGAAAAAAAAAAAAAAAGACCUGUGAUGCUUUACCACACCACUUGCUGUCAGCAUUUAUUUGUUCAUAAUGGCUUAGUACAAGCACUGUUGUCAGUUGUCUAAACCAUGAAUUUAUCCAUUGAGUCAUAAAUUAUUUAUUUGUUGUCAAGAUGAAUAAAAUCAUAAUGGUCAUUUCUGGUCUUAGGAGUCUGUUUAAAUUGAUCCACAUAAUCAAACUUGAUUGAUCUUUGUUAUGCAUUUAAAAGUUAAUUUUAAAUUUGUCUGUCACCAGCCACCAGCUUUCAUUUUUUUCCCCCUCGCUCCAUACUGUAUAUUGUUGAGUCUUAUCCCAAUGCCUUUGUGUUUGCUGAGAAUUUCACCAACACUGUAAAGGUAGCCAUCAGACUCAGUAGUCCCUCCCACCCUCUGAUGGCCUCCUCUCUCUUUGGUUCUUACACAGUAUGCACUUUUUCAGGCACAUAUACAACAUAUUGGACUUUUAUGUUUCAGUUGAUGUUUCUCUCUGUUUUCACAGUUGCAAUUAUAUAUAUUUUUGGUGCUCUGGUACAUGGCAAAACAUGUCUGAUGUGUACUAUAUUUUCAUAAGGAAGAGUCAUAAAGAUGAGUAUCAUGUUCAUUUUGCUGUCAUUUAUUGUGUAGAAAUAAAACACUGGUUAAAGUGAACAUAA